CACACAGCGGCAAACACUGUUCGCACCCGUCUCCCCUUUUUUAUCUCUGAUUUCACAGAUAUACCCACUUUCCCAUCGGCUCCAUCUCUUCGCCACACCCGUUUCCGUCUUCCGUCACCGAUUUUUUUAGCACCGCCGCAGCAGCGUUGGAUCUCUUUCUCUUUGUCGUUGAGAUUUUUUUAAAUUGCUUAAAGAUAAGGGGAUUUUUUCAUCUCAUAAGAAAAACAAAAAUAUAUGCAAGUUUAAAAAAGCAAAGCCCAAAACGGAUCAGACGGAGAUCCGCGAGCUUCAAAUGGAGUAUCGGAAAAUCAAAGACGAGGAUGAAGAUGGAGCUGGAGCUGGUGCGGACAUUGAGGGCUUGCGGGGAAAAGCCUUUUCGAGCUCUGCUGUAAGUAACAUGCCUCCUGUUGAGAGGUCCAAGUGGAAGCGCAAAACAAUUGUUACACUGGCAUUGACUGUUCUAACGAGUUCUCAAGCAGUACUUAUCGUCUGGUCCAAGAGAGCGGGGAAGUAUGAGUAUAGUGUUACCACUGCAAACUUUUUGGUGGAGACUUUGAAAUGUGCAUUAUCACUUGCAGCCUUGGCAAGAAUAUGGAAAAAUGAAGGUGUUACAGACGAUAAUAGGUUGAGUACAACACUUGAUGAAGUUAGCGUUUACCCCAUCCCUGCUGCUCUUUAUCUUGUCAAGAAUUUACUUCAGUAUUACAUCUUUGCCUAUGUUGAUGCUCCGGGUUAUCAGAUACUGAAGAACCUGAACAUUAUUAGUACUGGUGUUUUAUAUCGUAUUAUACUUAAGAAAAAAUUGAGUGAGGUUCAGUGGGCAGCAUUCAUUCUUCUAUGUGCCGGUUGCACCACAGCACAGCUGAAUUCACGAUCUGAUCAUGUUCUUCAAACACCUUUUCAGGGUUGGAUGAUGGCUAUUGUGAUGGCACUUUUAAGUGGUUUUGCAGGAGUAUACACUGAAGCUAUUAUCAAAAAGCGGCCUUCAAGAAACAUAAAUGUGCAGAAUUUCUGGUUGUACGUCUUUGGGAUGGCCUUCAAUGCUGUUGCAAUAAUAAUUCAAGACUUUGAUGCAGUCAUGAACAAGGGUUUCUUCCAUGGAUAUUCUCUGAUUACAGUUUUAAUGAUUCUUAACCAUGCACUCAGUGGCAUUGCUGUAUCAAUGGUCAUGAAGUAUGCAGAUAAUAUUGUGAAGGUUUAUUCUACUUCUGUGGCAAUGCUUCUCACAGCAGUUGCUUCAGUGUUCCUAUUUGGCUUCCACCUGUCUCUAGCAUUUUUCCUUGGUGCAACUGUUGUCUCUGUUUCAGUAUACUUACAUUCUGUUGGGAAGCUGCAAAGAUAGCCAUGACUUCAUCCUGUCUCACUUGUGCUGUCACAAGUCUUAUGAACUGAGGUUUUCUUUCUAAUUUUUCAUUGUUCCCUCUUUCUUUUAUUAUUUCUAUUAUUUUCUUAUCUUAUAUUAUCAUCAUGUAAAAUUUCAGAUUAGGUGACAUACUGAUAUACUUCCAUUUUCUCUGUAACUCUGUUACAUUGAGUUCAAAACUUACACAGCUUGUAGCUUCUGUUUCUGCUUACAAAAAGAUCUUCAAGCAGUUUAGAAUGAUGCUAUAGCUUGUGUUGUAACAUUUCAUGAUCCUUCAUGCCUUAUAUUCCCGUGGCUGAAUUUACGU